AUGCCUGAAGGGCCUUUCCGGCCUCCCAGGGGCGCGCGGGCGUCGAGAGGCGCUCGAGCAGCUUUGGCAUCUCUCUCCAAGCCGCUAAACCGUCACUUUCUGUAGAUUUCUGAAGCGUGUGAUGAAGAUAACAAAGGCUAUUUAAGCAGAGAGGACUUUAAAGUUGCUGUAGUAAUGUUGUUUGGUUAUAAACCAUCAAAGGUGGAGGUGGAUUCAGUAAUGUCUUCUUUUUUAAAUCUCAUGAGUGCAAUGAAGGCUGCACAGUUAUACAGUAAUGAAACAAGGAAAAUGUUUUCAGCUUUUGCUGCGCAAGAUAGAGGAUUUUUGACUUUUGAAGACUUCCAGAGAGCCUUCAAUUCUGUUUCUCCUAAGUUAUCUGAAAAAAGUCAUAGUCGAAGCCUUCACCCAACUGUAUUGGAGGCUGAAGUGAGUCUAACUGGGAAUGAGUGGCAGAAAUGCCCCAUUGUGACUGGCCCAGAGGCUCCAUGCAUCUUUGGCAUAGACUGUCUCAGGAGAGAGUAUUUUAAGGACCCAAAGGGGUAUAGAUGGGCUUUUGGUAUAGCUGCCUUGGAGGCAGAGGAAAUUGAACAGCUGUGUACCCUGCCUCGUCUCUCCGAGGACCCUUCGGUUGUGGGGUUGCUGCAGGCUGACGAACAACAAGUGCCAAUUGCUACCACAAUGGUGUACCAGCAGCAAUAG